AUGACUGUCACGUAUUCUCUUGACGUUGCAAGCUCAUCAUUUUUUUGCCUGUAUAGAUUAUUAUUCAGAUGGAAGGGAUCAAUAUGGAAGUCUGUGUGGGCGGAAUUAUUGGUCUGGGUGAUUCUAUACAGUUUACUGAGUAUAUUAUAUAGAUUAGUUCUUACAAAACCACAAAGGGAACUUUUUGAAGACCUCUGUGUGUUUUUCGACACUUACUCAUCAUUUAUUCCUAUUACUUUUAUGCUUGGCUUCUAUGUAUCAGCUGUAUUCACUCGAUGGUGGCAAAUUUUCGAUAAUAUCGGUUGGAUUGACACCCCGUGUCUUUGGAUCGCACAAUAUGUCCGUGGUUCAAGUGAACGAGCGCGUUUGAUGCGUCGAACGUUAAUACGAUACUUAGUGCUCACUCAAGCGAUUGUCUUCCGUGAUGUGUCAUCUGCUGUCAAAAAACGUUUUCCCACAAUGAAUCAUCUCGUCACAUCAGGCUUAAUGACCAAAAAAGAGUUGGAUGAAUUCGAUUCAAUAGUGACAACUACUCCCAAAUACUGGGUACCAAUGAACUGGGUGUUUAGUUUGGUACGAGUCGCGAAAGAGGAAGGUAGAAUACCAGGAGAGAUGAUCUAUGUGGAUCUUAUGGAGAAAAUACGCCAGUAUCGUGUGCAGGUGCUUAGCUUGACACUUUACGAUUGGGUACCUGUGCCGCUCGUCUACACACAAGUUGUUCAUCUGGCAGUUCGAUGCUAUUUCGCCGUUGGCAUAAUGGGCAGGCAAUACCUGAAUCCGGAUCCGGCUAGACAAUCCAUCGAUCUUUACGUGCCAAUUAUGACGAUAUUACAGUUCACCUUCUUCGUCGGCUGGAUGAAAGUUGCUGAGGUGUUGUUGAACCCAUUAGGAGAAGAUGACGAUGACUUCGAGUGUAACUGGAUAUUGGAUCGUAAUUUACAGGUUGGCUUUAAUGUCGUCGACACAGCCUACGACCGAUUUCCGGAUAUGGUAAGAGACAAAUUUUGGGAGGAAGCUAUUCCUGAGCCACUCUACACUGCCGAAAGUGCGCAACGCCCUCUUAAUCCACAAGUUGGCAGUUGCGCCGAUUUAAUUACCGAAGAAGACGCAUACAUGAUGCGCCCACGACGAAGAACAAUCUCACAUACUUCUCACUGGGAAGGAGAAGUAGAAAACGAUGAGGUCAUACCAGUGCUUGGAACAGACAAAGGCAAAGAAACCAGGUACGUGGCAGUUUCUUGGCUGUGUUUAUACCACAAAAAACGUUUAGAUAACGUUUCUCCCUAG